GCGACGCUCAUCCGGUGCACUGAGCAGCCUCGGUUGCUAAGGAACCGCCAAACGAAGGUGGGACCACGAUGACGACGACUGGAAGUAAUUGAAGUGUGGAGAGGACACGCCAUGCCAGGUGUCUGACCCAACAGUUCCUGGAUCAUAGCUGCCAUUAUGGUGACACUUAUCACAGAGCAGCUCCGAAAGCAAAGUUUGGAAGAGCCUUAUCACAAGGCUUUCAAUGGGAACGUGACGCUACCUGCAUUAGGCUCCAGCCCCACUAUCUCCUGGAGAGCAUGCAAGUCCACCCAAGAGAGCAGCGUUGCUACGCAGCCACUAUUCAAAGCCGAACCUCUGGAUGCAACGUGUGGACUGGACUCCACGUGGCCUUGCCAAGUGGGAAAACCUCUCCACGGAGCUGAGGUUUCCAUUGCAAACGAGGCUUUCCAGAGCUCCCCUCCUCCACCGCCUCCUAAACGUCACUGUCGCUCCCUCUCUGUACCAGAGGAUCUCUCCCGGUGCCGCUCCACAUGGCAUCCUAGUGCAUCCAAAGUUUGGACCCCAGUAGAACGUGCCAGUCAAAGCGUAGGAACAUCUAAUGUAGGCUCUGGAGACGGCUUGUUGCCUCUCUGUGGUCCCAGGACCUUCUCUAAGUCGUCCUCUUUACAUUCCUCCUCGAGCCCCACUUUCUUUAGCUUAGCACUGUCUGCGGACUCUCCACUGCCAUGGAGCUUUCCGUGGGACCCGUGUGAAUCACCAAAAACAGCUUGCUCUUCAUCACUGGCCACCACUUCCUCGUGCUCCUCGUCACCGACGCCCCUCUCGGGCCACUUGGUGCUGCACCGCCGCUACUCCCUCUCUCCUUUGCAAGUUUUGAAUACGUCCAUGUUGGCCCAGCACCCUCGGGCAGCACAUGCUGUGGGCAUGGAGGGCCCUGCCUUGUCUCCUUCUCCCACGUCAGCCUGCAGCACGCCAUCCUCCUCUCGACGCGACCCGCACCCAGCACUGCCACGAUGCCACUCGCAGCCCUGCGACAUGCGCAAACCUCGCUUGAAGAGGCGCCAUGACCCAGAUGUGUUACCUGGCCCGAGGCCAGGGCUCGACUUCAGCAAGAUGACACAGAUUGGCAACGGCGACGUGACGGCCGCUACAUGCGGUUGCAUGGCGCCGGCGCGGUCCCACGCGGAGAAGAACGCCGCCGUCUCGCCCGCCGAUUUCCCGGGCCGAGCGAGCAUCGGACCGCUGAGCGAGAGUGAAGAGGACGAAGACGACACAAUCAAAAGGACUGCAACACCAGAGGCGCAAAUGGUUUUUGAAAGAGACUGCACAGAACUAGACUUGAACCUCAUAGAAGAGAACUAAUGUUCGAGGAGAGCAUCCUUAGCCAUGUUUUAAGCACACUCUUAGGAACCUGCUCGCCGCCUCAGGUUUAUUAUGUCUUAUACUCAAGAUCCAAGCAGCUAUAACAAACACAGCACUCUCAAGCUAGUUGGACAAGUCAGUGUUCUACAUAGUGCCUCCCUUAUCAACGCUCCAAAGUCAACCUGACACCUCUUUUUUGCAGAGUAUGAAGAGUUAUUCAUUUAUUUAGCAGCCAUAUGGAAUUAGCACUGGGGUCCCCACUUUAGAUAAGAAUGCAUAUUCCAGUCAUCCAGUCACUGACACAAGUGACAAAAAUGUGCUGAUAGAAGUCAUAUCGAAAACAAACCCUCCACAAAUGAUUUUAUGAUCGUCAUGUAGGUUUAGAUAAAACCUAGUGAACAUUAGCCACCAAAUGUAACAUGAUCCACUUUUUAUUUUGCGUCCUGACAAUGUUAAGUUUAUUAAGUGUUCUGGUUGUAGUGUCAUCCUGCAAUUGCACAAGCACAACAAAUCAUACAAUACUUAUUACUUGCGUAUUAUUUCCCCAAAAAUAUAUAGUUAUUUUUUAUUUAGUGAGUGUACUUAAUGGUUUGGGUUAAGCAUGGAUACUUAAGUACGCUAACUCACACCAGUAACACGGAACUUACCGUAUUUUUCGGAGUAUAAGUCGCACCGGCCGAAAAUGCAUAAUAAAUAAGGAAACAAACAUAUAUAAGUCGCACUGGAGUAUAAGUUGCAUUUUUUGGGGAAAUAUAUUUGAUAAAAGCCAACACCAAGAAUAGACAUUUGAAAGGCAAUUUAAAAUAAAUAAAGAAUAGUGAACAGGCUGAAUAAGUGUACGUUAUAUGAGGCAUAAAUAACCAACUGGUAUGUUAACGUAACAUAUUAUGGUAAGAGUCAUUCAAAUAACUAUAACAUAUAGAACAUGCUAUACAGCAGGAGUCUCCAACGCGGUGCCCGCGGGCACCAGGUAGCCCGUAAGGACCAGAUGAGUAGCCCGCUGGCCUAUUCUAAAAAAAAAAGCUCAAAUAGCAGCACUUACCAGUGAGCUGCCUCUAUUUUUUAAAUUGUAUUUAUUUACUAGCAAGCUGGUCUCGCUUUGCCCGACAUUUUUAAUUCUAAGAGAGACAAAACUCAAAUAGAAUUUGAAAAUCCAAGAAAAUAUUUGAAAGACUUGGUCUUCACUUGUUUAAAUAAAUUCAUUAAUUUUUUUUACUUUGCUUCUUAUAACUUUCAGAAAGACAAUUUUAGAGAAAAAGAUACAACCUUAAAAAUGAUUUUAGGAUUUUUAAACACAUAUACCUUUUUACCUUUUAAAUUCCUUCCUCUUCUUUCCUGACAAUUUAAAUCAAUGUUCAAGUAUUUUUUUUUUUAUUAUUGUAAAGAAUAAUGAAUACAUUUUAAUUUAAUUCUUUUAGCUUCUGUUUUUUCGACGAAGAAUAUUUGUGAAAUAUUUCUUCAAACUUAUGAUUAAAAUUCAAAAAAAAUAUUCUGGCAAAUCUAGAAAAUCUGUAGAAUCAAAUUUAAAUCUUAUUUCAAAGUCUUUUGAAUUUCUUUUAAAAAUUUUGUUCUGGAAAAUCUAGAAGAAAUAAUGAUUUGUCUUUGUUAGAAAUAUAGCUUGGU